AUGGUACGUAUUUAUUUAGACUAUUUAAUUUAUGAUCACGCGUCUGACCUACAGCAUUAUUUCACGUUUUCCUCUUAAAAUAAUAAGACAAGCUAAAUUAUCAAUGCAUAUUGUUAUUCACAAUGUUUGAACUUGUUUUAUCAAAUUAGGAACGUCUCUAUUCACAAUUCCUGUUUUCUUUUUUAGAACAAUCUUCUUUUAUGUGGACAUAAACGUGGAUAUUUACGUCUCCACUCUUUAGCCAUGGACAAUCAAGAACUUCAUGGCAUUGGAGGUAUUACAGCAUAUUUUUGUGAUGUAAACGUCGUAGAUUGACCAAAGGUCUUUUUUUUACAGUUACAGCACCAGUGAUUGUCUUUAGUCAUGUGAUUUGAUUAGAAUUUUCAAAUCAUUCAGUACCACUUUCUUUUAACUCUGUAAAUGGUCCAACAAGUAUUCUAACUGAACUUUACCUGUUUAAGAUGAAAAGCCCACAGGCUCAAAGCGGUCACCCAAAGAUCACCAGGGCGCUAUUAACAGCGUGGACUCAAACUCCCAACUUGGAAUAUUCUGUAGUGCGAGGUAAGAUUAUAGGCUUGGUUAGAGAGACUGGGGUAAACUGCAGGAUGGGAGCAGGGGGCAAAGUGGCCGAGUGGUCACCGCGUCGGACUUGAAAUCUGGCGAUUCCGGGUUCUGUCGAAUCUGUCUCUGGCCACGUGCUAGGUCAGUUCUCGGUCGCCCCGAGUUCAAAUCCUCGGUCAUGCUUGUAAGUAGCCAGUUGGUUGCCUCCUGCCAGUUAUGGCUGUUGAUCCUGUUAUAUUAUGUUUGAAUUAUUUGUUUUCAGUUAUUUGAGUGGAAUGCCUGUAAACUAGCUGGAUAAGCUAAGUGCACUAUCGAUAUCCGCUAUACACAAACCUUUAAACACUAUUAGGAAAUUCAUGGCGCCAGUUUUCCAGUUUUCAGCCAGUCGCGGAAUUGUGGAAGGAUCAGAGAGGUCAGAUCGGACGCCUUGCAAAGGCACACGAUUCAGUCGCUAUAGUCAAUCUUUGAUCACAUCUUGUCCACCCCCAGGUCUAUGACGGCUUAAGUCAGGUAGUCUGGGGCCUACGAAUAAUGUCACGGGUUUUUAAUAUCCCCUUCCAAUUGACGUCUGAGGGUGAAGGAGACUGAAGGCGAACGGCUUAACUCACCGUCCAAUCACGCGAUCAUUUAAACUGAGAAAGGGUCCUAAUCAGAGCUAGCUAAAGCAUGCUGAUCUAGAAUGAAUAUUAUAGCUUCCCUGUGUCCAAACUCGUUCCCAGGGCUCACCCCUACCCGGUCUUAAGGAGCAAGAAACACGGGUAAGUGAUAGAACCUGGGAACGAGGUAGCCUAGCGUCCUCAGAAAAGCGGGUCGCUUUUGUUUAGUAGCGAAGUUAUACUAAGCUACUCCUGUUUUUCUAUUGCAGUCAAGACGGAGUUAUCAAGAUUUGGGACAAAGACAAAACUCUUCUUCGGGAAAUACUUACGGGCGAAACGUUAACUGUCGCUUCUUUCCUUAACAUUCAAGGUAGCACUUGUUUCUUUUGUUCAAUCAUUAAUUCCUGAAGACUAUGAACAGUCGUUAUCUUUCUUUUAAAAGUUCUGUGGCCACGGUUAACCCAUGCACGCUAGCGGCGAAGCUGUGAAGGGUGUCUCUUCCUAAUCCUCGUUUGUAACUGCGUUGUUUGCAAACGCUCCGGUUGGAAUAAGAACGCAACGGAUUUUGAGAGAAAAAGCGGACUGCAAGCAGUCUAGUCUAAUUGAUGAAGACACCGGUUUUGGCGUUGCUUUGGACAAGGGAACUAAUAGACAAGGACGCUCUCUGCUUAUUUACUUGUUUUUUAGUUACAAUCGUGAAGAAAGAAAGGUUGAUAAGUUAUUGUUUUUUUUAGGAGAUAUUCUGAUCGGCUUCAAGCAUCACAUAUUUGUGAUUUCAAAUGAAAAAGGUAAAUGGCAAGAGCACCAACGAUAGAUGCAAAUAGCUGAAAACAUGAUAUAAGGGUUUAUCAAUGCCGGGACUUACUUUUCUCGUUUAAACUGCUCUCUGUUAUAUUAACUCAUGAUCGACCUACAUGUAAUUUCGUCCUUGUUGUGGCAAAUUUUUUUUCUACUAUAAUUUUAUCCUAAAGAAGAAGAAGGACUUGCUGUUUCCCAUCUUUUGUAUGUUGCUGGAAAGAGAAUAACAGAAACCUGUCUUUUCAAAACUAUCAAAGUAAUCUUCUGGUAUAUUGGUGUAUAAGCUUGUAUACUGUGAUUAACAUGUGAACUUGAAAUAACUCAACGGAAAUUGUACAGCAAAUAACGGAAAAAAAUUCCGAUCAAACUGCGUGGCACUUUAGAAAGUAAGUACGGGAAUGUUCAACAAAAAAAAAAAAGAGAAAGAAAAAUUAUGAAAGAAAGUGCCGUGUUUUCCCUUACAACAUUCCCUUACAAUUGUACAACAAGCCGUUUUAUUUGCCUUUUGCAGUGUACCCAUUAAGAGAUACGUUAUCGUCUGACUUGAAAGCUGAUUGCUUCGAUGACGAAGCAUUUGAAACAGGUAAAUAAAUAGUCUUUUAGAACUGGACGAGCGCAUGCAUCUGGUGUCUCUUCGAGGCCUUCUUAUGUAACAAGCAAAGUGGAAAGCAGCAUAUAUUUUUUUUAUUUGAGUUAGUUCUUGUGGAGCUCAGUUUUUUAAGUUUGUGUGAGAAAUCAUCUUUUUUGUUUGGUUUUCGUUAUCCGUGAGUUUGUGGUCUAUAGGCUUUUGUCAGUCUCGAAGUACUAGGUUAUUUUAGUUGUCUUAAUUUGUUUCGUUUCGUUCUAGUUUCAUUGUAAAUAACAUGGUCUCCGUCUUCAUGCUUGUCAUUUAUGUUUCACAGAAUCUGAUAUCUAUGAAGAUCCGUCAGUACGAUUUGAAAGCAAGAAAAUUCUUCAACCGGACCCCACUAACAUGGAGAACUACUUGGUAGGAGCUAGAUUCCUCACCUCAAAUAUUGACUUUCCGGAUUCAGUCGUGUUUCUAUUUUUGUUUCCUUCCCAAACCUAAUCUUUACACCAGCAAUCAGGUCCUAAGGAUUUGAUUACAGUUACAGUCGAACCUCUCCACAAUGGCCACCUUGGGGACAGAAGAAAGUGACCGUUGUGGGGAGGUGCCCGUUACUGGGAGGUAGGGUUGUAAUAUGACAAGUUUUUUUUACGGAGUACAACAUGUUUUACAUGUCCUACGUUCAUGCUUACCUCUUUCACUGCCAAAUGUGGCCAAAGGCAAAUUUCGACCAAAUUUUCAAAUUUCAUUUUCUAAAAUUUUGAGACACAAAUAGCAUCAUGUGAAAGUACAGGCAGAGAGCUUUCAUUUGAAUGGUCACAUCAUAGGAUUUCGUCUGCAGACUCAAAAGUUAGAGUCACCUUACAAAACUCCAUCAAGUCUUCUGGCAGUGAAGGGGUUACUGUGUCGCAUGAUCAGCUAUAAUGUAUAAAGAUAAGAUACAUAUUAACAUUAGAACGCUCUGCUUACGAAAUCGAUUCUUAUUCAGGUGCCGUUCCCAAACCUGCAAUUGAAGACAUCAUGGUUCAUGGAAGGGAGACCGCCUCCGGAUCUGGAACAACAGAACCAACAAGAUGAGGAAGAGGUACCGAACAAACAAACAAACAAACAAACAAACAAAACAAAAUUAAUUUGAUGGGCUUCUAAUCUCAGAAUUGGUAUAUAUGGUUUACGUGACUAGGGACCCGUUUCUUUAAAGGACCGGAAACGUUACGGGCCCGAAGGCAAAUUUUGAAAUCAAAACCUGUUGAAUAGUAGCACAUUUUCUAGCUCACAAAACGGUCAAUUGUUCUUUUUUAACUAAUACUUUUGUUGUAUUAUUUUCAAAAUUAUUGAAACUUUGUUCGUAAAUGUAAACACAACAAACACAAAAUAGCUUUCCAGACCCAAAACGGUACCGAGACUUUAAGGAAACGGCCCCCUGAUCUUACUGUGUUCGAAACAGGAUAACACAGUUUCAACAUGCCCCUCCAUUAGAAUAGAACAGACAGAAAAGAACAGAGAACAGUGAACGAGGAACAGAGGAACAAGGGGAACAAGAGGAAUUAGGUGAACCGGGGAAUAGAGGGAAAAGGGUAACAGGGGAAAAAGGGGAACCGGGGAAACAAGGUGAAGAGGGGAAAGAGGAACAGGGAGAACAAAGGGGAACAAGAGACAAGGAAAACAAGGGGAACACGGUAACAUAGGGAACCAAGGAAACAGGGGGAACAGGAGAACAAAGGGAACAUGGGGAACCGGGGAACAGGUGGAACAAGGGGGUUAGGGGGAACAAGGAGAACAAGAAGAAUAGGGGAAACAGGGGCAACAGGGGAAGAGGGGGAACAAGGAGAACAGGGGGAAGAGGGAACAAAACAGUGAAUAGCCUGAGGAUAUUCCGAGUUACGGGAGCCAAGCAAAACGCGCGAAAAUUUCUUGUCUCUGGUUUGGUAAAUACUAAUAAUAUUUAGCCAGUGGAUAGCGCUAUCCACCUUUUGAACAACUGAGGCCGGUCCUUUAAUAAUUUUACAACCAUCGAUUUCUAUAAGUUCAUAGUCUUUCGUAUUCACCGUUUAUCUCCAUUUUAGUCAAUAUGUUUGAUGCUGGGGGUCCUGUGCAUCACCUACAGAUAAAUCCCUUAAUUCUCCCUUACAUGCUGCAUUAGUAAUCCUUUCGUUUCGUUUCCACUUUUUUUUCUUUUUAGUCAAUCAGUUUUAUGUCGGACAGUCUCUCGCUGGCUCCUACCGAAGUCUAUUACUCCCCGUCCACCACCCCCAGGCGAACGUCAUUGGUUAGUUCAGUGGCGAUGUCUGAACGCAGAACCAGCACGGAACUGUGGGAACUGCCCGAAUUUGGAGACUCGCCUGUAUCUUCACCGCCAAGGACUCCACCUCCAGAACCAACACCACCCUCCACUCCUUCCCCAGUAAGUUUAUAGUUAUGCUCAUUUUCUUUUCAAAACGUCCAAUAGGAAAAGUUUGCACGAUGACGUUAGUUGACUUCAACUGCGCUUACAAGGAUCAUUCAGGUUGUUGUUAUCACGUGCAAAUCAGGGGGGAGGGGCGCUGGUAAAACUCAGUGGGAUAAAUUUAAGUAAUAAUCCAGGUAAGACGGAAAGCAAUUUCUUUUGUCAUAGCGCAGUACGCUCUCCUCUCAUAGGAAUGUUUUCAUUUUCACACAAAGAAUGCAUAAACCUAGAAAAACGCAGUUUUCAAAAUGUAUAAAUUCCAUUAUUAUUUUUUUUGUGUUUGUGUUAAAAGAGUUCGACCCAUCAUAGGAGUUGCAAACAGUAGCCGCGGAAAGUUUACAAUUUUACGUAUUCCUCACAUAGGAAUUCUGUUUUACUUGGGCUCAGACAAGAUUUUGUUAUAACGAAGUUGGCUAGCAAUGUAAGGACUAAUAUUCAAGCUGCUUUGCGAAGAUUUCGUAAAAUUUGCUGUUUAAACCAAUCAGAAGUAUAGUAGAGACAAUAGUAAAGAUAGCACUUUUUUGCAUUCCGACGUGUUCUUUGCGGUUGGUGCCGCUUUUCACGUUAUCUGGACCACAACUUAAACAAGAAAGCAUAAAAAAGGAAAUGAAUAGAAAGAGAAAGUGUGACGUCACGUUACCAUGUUAGCGACAAUUUUUCUUGACAGAGGCGGCCCUUUGCAUUGUAGAGCGACGGAAGUAAAUUAUGUGCUAUCGUAUUGUUCCUGAGACUGUGUGCAGUUAUGCACAGGAAAGUCGUACAUGUUAUUUUUUUCAUUUUUCUCGUUUUUAGGAAGAGGAAUCUGAGGAGGAGCCUGGUGAAGGUACUGUCACCUAUAUUGUUUUCCAAAUUUCCCAUGUGCUAAAUGUAUGGACAGCGCAUUGUAGGCUAAGGGAGCUUACGUAUAUGGUAUUGCAGAGGUCGCAAUUGUGUGAAAUGUCUAUCUUUGGGGCCAGUUACUAGGAGUAUCCGUCUGAUAGGACUGUGUUUAUUAAUUCACUUAUUCACAAACCUUGUUGGUAACAUGAACAGCUUGACAUGCCUGGAACUUUUUCCUUUUGAAUUUAAAUGCCUACCCUGCUUAAAGACGUCUCCUAUUUUAUUUGUUGAAAUAAAGAAAAUGGGAAAGGUCUCCAGGGUGGCAAUUUGAUGCCCUUCUUGUGUUGGACCUUGUUGUUUAAGGACAGUAAGUGCGACAGUUAGUUCAGGAGCCGUAUAAACGAGGAAACGGAGACAUCCUUAGACAUUCAGCUCUGUUCCUUAGCCACUAUGAUCGAAUUCUAACUGUUCAAACCUCUCUUAGGUGAAGAAAACGUUGAAGAAGAAGCGGAGCAAGACGAGGGCCCCUCUUGUGGUCAAUGCGCCGAUUUGUUACAAAAAGAUGGGAAGAAAAAGGUGUCGAUCGUUCCCAGCUUUCGAAAACCAGGGGGACGGAUGGGUAAUAUAUCGAUCGAUUCCAGAUCCUUACGGUCGGCACAUGGAGGUCCCGGAUAUGCCGCUCCUGUUGCUCGAAGAAUGGUAGUGGAAAAACUGGAACCGAGAGCUGUUAAGGUUGGGGCUGAAAACUAUUUAAAACUAUUUGUAAAAUAUUUUAAAACAGCAACAACAUUAACCCCACUUCCCCUUCAAAAAAGCAGUUUAUUAAAUCAAAACAGAAAUUGUGCUUUGUACUGUUUGACAGUUGACAGUUGACAAUCAUUUGAAUCGACAGUCUACUAAUGUAUUUCCAUCUGCAAAAUGGAAAGCAGUGGAUUUUAGGGCUAUAACGAGCACCACCUCAGAUUUUUCAGCCAGCCAUGAUUGAUUUCUGGGAUUCAGUUUGUUUCCUGAAUACGAGUACAUGUUAGGAUUUCCCCAGUCCCCCCACCCCCAACCCCUCUCCCAGAAAAUAACAAUACACAGCAGCAGCAGCAGCAGCAGCUAAAUAUUUAUUAUUAUACUAGCAGCAUUUUCUAUUUUCGCAGCCGAGGCGAACACCGAGACCAGUGUUAAAGAAAACUAAAAAAACCAAGGAAAAUCCCGAAGAAGAAAACACCAAAGAAGCAGAAAACAAAGAAUACGAUAAGUCACAAGUCGAUCAGUUGACUGCAGGAGUCAAAGAGGAAGAACAAAACGAAGACGCUGUAAAAGAUGUUGUAAACGAAGAUGUUUCGCGCAGAUCUCCGAAUGUUGUAAACAUGCCUUUAGCCGCGCAAAGGCCUCUCAUUCAACAGGACACAGUCGAUUCUCAGUCCGGCCCUGGAACUAGUUCUAUACCUCAUAAGCAGCAAUCUCAGCAGUUAAUACAAGAUGACCAGAAAACGCCCGAUAAAGAAAGUCCAAAAGGUUAAUUGAUUCGUGCUUUUGUAUUUGUUGUUAAAAAUGUCGAUCUUGUUUGAAUAGCUUCUACAUCACGAUAAGGAUAAAGGCAAUUUUACUCUCUUAGGGUAAAGUAAGAGGUUUUAAUGUAUGAUAUGUUUUAUCUAAGAUAUGGAGGAAAACCUUGGAAACAUCGGCUAAAUAUUUGACGAUGGAUGAUUGCUGUCCUUACCAUGAUAUGCGAUGAUCUUUCUUCAAAUAAUUCUUACCAUGAUAGUUGCACCAUUCCAACGCAGGGGUGGCUUGGGUCCCCUUACUCAGCGCUCAGAAUCAUUUGUGCAAACCUUUUUUACGUUCUUCCUUGUCUAAAAAUGUCGUACUUUAUGUCGUUACUAGGCUUAUGUUGUUUUAUCGAUCACUGGGUUUUAAUACUUUUGAGGUGAAUAAUUUUUUCCUACGCAAUGUAAUGUCUGUUUGUGUCACUUUAGAAAUACGAGGGAUGGAGGAAAAACACGUGUAUCCGGCAUCUCAAAAAUUGACCGAUGGAAAGGAAGUGAAAACUCAGUCACUUGGGAAAGAUUUCUCCAGAAAGGAUAUAGAGGAAAAUCAAACAGAGACUAAAAAUAGGCUGGAAGGGUACGAAAACGAAGAAGGCAGAGAGUCUCAACAGGUGCAGCGACAAGAGAAACCCCCAAAACGGGUGUCGGCUGAACCUAAUGAAGCUCCGCUUAUGACAUAUGUAGACCCCCAUACUGGGGAGGUGUUAAAGAGGACUGAAAACGAAGUUCCAAAUUCCACCGAGGUGCUCGAGCCGUAUGACGAGUGCGGAGUCGAUGACUUCGAAGACUCGCAUGCAGAGGGUGGCUUAACUUCUUUCCGCAGCAAGAGAACAGAUCGGGGAGAAAAAAGUGUAAGUUUUGCAGCUCCUGGGCUAGAUCUUUUAAGACAUCCACGCCGAAAUCAGAGACAGUUACCUAAUUAUUAUACUUCAGGGAGAGAUUCACCGACCCUUAGAUCGCCGAAUAACUCAGGAAUGGUGUUCAAAGAAACAGUUGUACCAAUUUAUGAAAGCAACAGACCGGGUGGUCUCUUCAGCAGAACUUCUAAAAACGCCAAGGGCGUGUCUCCGUUGACGAUAUUUGCGCUUGCCAGGAGCAGACGCGAAAACGCCGCUAAAGCGGCGAUAGAACGAAGGCACUCAGCGGACGGACGAUUGCGAAAGAAACAAGGAGGAACUGGAAAUGCUAGUUUGAAAGGUGAAGACGGUAAUGUAGAUGACUUUGAGCUCAAUGAAGAUGACAUUGCACGGCUUAUGGAUAAAAUGGAUUUACAAUCACAGACUGAUGACAGAGAGUCUGUUAGCUCCCUAAGGCCGCCAAGUGUUAGGAAAAGUGAUAGCACAUUAAUGCGUUGGUGCAUAGGUGCACUCAAGAAAAAAGAGCGGGAAAUUAUGUUUCCUCCAAAGCCGAGCCGACCGAGCAGUUCUCCAAGUGCCGUGAAAGGAAAAUCGUUGAAGCAAGGAGCAGGUAGAAUAUGCCUUUUUCAUGUCGUUGNCUAAAGCGGCGAUAGAACGAAGGCACUCAGCGGACGGACGAUUGCGAAAGAAACAAGGAGGAACUGGAAAUGCUAGUUUGAAAGGUGAAGACGGUAAUGUAGAUGACUUUGAGCUCAAUGAAGAUGACAUUGCACGGCUUAUGGAUAAAAUGGAUUUACAAUCGCAGACUGAUGACAGAGAGUCUGUUAGCUCCCUAAGGCCGCCAAGUGUUAGGAAAAGUGAUAGCACAUUAAUGCGUUGGUGCAUAGGUGCACUCAAGAAAAAAGAGCGGGAAAUUAUGUUUCCUCCAAAGCCAAGCCGACCGAGCAGUUCUCCAAGUGCCGUGAAAGGAAAAUCGUUGAAGCAAGGAGCAGGUAGAAUAUGCCUUUUUCAUGUCGUUGCCGAGUUUUUGUAGUUUGUUUGUUUUUUUUUUUAAUUUUUGAAAGAAAUAGUUUUAUUUCCUAACACGUUCUUACUUUAUGCUUUUUAUUUUUAUUUUUAAUUUUACUUACAAACAGCGAAAGGAUUAAAAGCUUUACCACAAUGAUUGCGCGAUAUAUGUUUAUAAAUCCAAAAAACUAUCAGACUCCUGUUUACUCGACUUCAUGACACCAGAAAGAGAUACAGCUCUUGAAAGGUUAAGUUUUUGGAACGGGAACCAAACAAGUUCCCUGACUUUUCGUUAUGCAAGGAAAAUGCAUUAAGAACCGCUUAAGGCCCUAUUAGUAACCUCUUUCGUUCGGACAUUACGGGGAAAUUUCAGACCUCGGUCUUAAUGAGUAGUAUGUAUUGUUAUUUUCCUAUAAUCCGAUUGGUCAACUUCGUCUAAGUGGCCCCGUUUACAGUAGUCGCACUGUAAAAACCCAUUGCAUGUAAAACUAAAACGUCUUUUACACCGUCGGUUUAUGAUUCUAUCAUAUUUUUUUUGUCCGCCUUUUAAUGCUAUUCUACGUGACAGGUUUUGAAAAACAUAGAACGAAUUUUCACGGGCCUUCGGAUUUAUGACAUAAUUCAAAAACGGGUGUUGCGAAAAAAAGGAAAAAAAAGUAAACUUUUUCCCGACCCGGGUUUUUACUUCCUUCAUUUUGACAUCAGGAGAAGGGUAUACUGAAAACUGCAAAAAUGUUUUUGUCUUUAAACCCGUCAGACCACACCCCUAAAUCUUCUGAUCUUGCCUAAUUUAUUCCUAUUUAGCUUUUUCCAAUUCCCCUUUUUUCUAUCACAAUGUUAUCGCAAUUAAGAUUGUUUGUAUGUCUUUUCUUAUUAUUUUUUUCUUCCUGUAUCGCCAUACCUGUGUUUUUAGAUGCUUUCUUUUCCUUUUUUUUCUGCUAUCAAAGAUGACGCUCUUCAUCGGAAUACCCUAGAGUCUGAGAAAAGACCAAAAACCGCUGACACCAUUCGAAGCAAUGAAUCGAGCAAGGAAGAAUUUUCUGUGUUCCCUUACGAACGUAGCCCAUCAACCAAACAAAAGUCAAAGCAUACACCUGACCAAAAGGACGCUGCAUCCGUCAAAGCAAGAACAUGGAGACAGGUUUCUUCCGACGAGGAUGGUAAGUACGAAGCCAGGAGCUUUUUAUUUUGGUCCUCACAUGUAAGAUCCGACAUCGGCGACGGCAGCGAGGUGUCAAAAAAACAGUAGAUUUAAUGAGCAAAACAAAACCUUAACAUGUGCAGCAAGCUUUUUCUGUACAUUUCUUUGCCGUUGCUGCACGACUACCACGUGAAAAUGCCUAUUUUCACGUUCUAUGGAUGACGUAAACAAACGACGACGAAAGUUUCUUUGUCUUUGUAAACUUGGAUAUGGUUCUUAGUAAUUCAACUCCAGGGGAGCUUGCAUACAUUUAGAAAGGUAACUGGAUUGGAAUUAUCGCCGCCGUCGCUGUCCGAUUUGGGAUAAUGGAAAGCACAAGUUGAAUUGUUGGGUUGAAAAUUAGAAACCAUCUGUUUAAACCCCUAGAAACCAACAUAUUUUGAUACAAAACUAUUUUUCAAAGUUUGCUAUUUUGUUUGUUUACUUUUUUAUUUGAAGAGGACUUUUUUGACGCUUACCGUGCCAUGCGUUCUAGUGUUGGGCUUCAAGGAUCGGACGAGGUUAGUAAAACCAUCGAGUCAAUUAUUCAAACGAAGUCUAAAGGGGUAAUUACAUGAGACCGGGACGAACUCGGACCGGUAUGAGUUGGUAUCACGCUCCAUACAUUUCUUUUCAUGCGUUUACAUGGGACUGGCCUAAAACCGAACUCAGAGCGGUCUGACUUCGUGUCGGUCGCUGACCCGACACGAGCUUUUUUCGUACCGGUCCGAGACUGUACCGUUCUGAUGUAAAACGGAAUCUCAGACCGAGUCCAUAAAUAGCAUGUUUCUUCUUAUGGCUCCAUCAUCUUUGCUUUUUUUUAGUAAAAUAAGGGGGUAAUUACAUGAGACCGCCUGUUUCCCAGGUGGGGCAAUAUAUAUCACUAGGGAUAUGUUUUUCCCUAGUGGGGGAACAUAUAUCACUACGGAUAUGUGUUUCCCAGGUAGGGGAACAUAUAUCACUAGGGAUAUGUGUUUCCCUAGUGGGGGAACACAUAUCGCUAGGGAUAUGUGUUUCCUAGGUAAGGGAACUCAUAUGACUAGGAAUAUGUGUUUCCCAUGUAGGGGAACACAUAUCACUAGGGAUAUGUGUUUGCCAGGUGUGGUAACACUUAUCACUAGGGAUAUGUGUUUCCCAGGUAAGGGAACAUAUAUCGCUAGGGAUAUGUGUUUCCAGGGUAGGUCAACACAUAUCACUAGGGAUAGUGUUUCCCGGGUAGGUACAGUGCUUCACAAAAAAGAACAUGCAGGGCAUGAUUAAAACUAUUUCUUUUUCUCUUUUUCUUUUUGAACUGAUUUUAUCAUCCAUUUUUUUCGCUUUUUUCCAAUAAUUUACUGGCGGCAAAAACCUUCAUUUAUCUGUUGAUAGCGCCGGUUGCCGGCGCAUUUUGACAACCUUGGUGUACGCCAUAUGCCAUCAUUAAACUGUUCAAGAUAAAUGGUGUUUACAUGAAAGCGUUCGGGAAACUGAAAAUGGCUGAGAGCGUGGUUUUGUUAAACACUGGCUAAACUCCGUUUAAAUAACUGGCCUAUUAUGUUACCCCUGCGGCCAUCCGCAGGUUCCCCUUUGGGUUUUGAUCCUUCUGUGCCCUCAAUGGGGUCCGAUAAAUUUAAGUUUCACUGUAUGGAGAUAAGGUGAUGAUAACCGUGGACCCUGUUAUAGGUUUCGAUUGACGCAUGAAUUUAUCCGAAGCUUAGUUUUAUUUAUUUAUUUAUUUUUUUUUUUUUUCAUCGCAGGACUAUCUAAAGAGCCUUGUUUCGAAAAGCUACUCCGAAAAUGAGAGGUACAUUCUAAUUCUUAUAAAUUUCUAUGCUAAAUCGCCUGAGCUAAUGUUGUGUGUACAAACACAAAACAAGGUUGCGUCCCAAGCUAACGAACCGAUAUUAAACAAGCGACUUCAUCAUUAGCCUGCGACCGCAAACGUAUUUCCGAAAAAUUCGGACGGAGAGCAGUGACGACCGGAAAUACGUCUGUGGUCGCAAGCUACUUCAUCAUCAGCUUUGGAACCCCUUAACGGUCUUCGUGAGGUACUUGUGCCCUUGUCCCUUCUUCUCACCACUAUCCGUAAGCACGAUAAAAAAGUGAAGCCAUGAGAAGUAGUUGGUUUCUUAAUACAUUUAGGCGUUAAUGUUGCGUUUAGUAGUACCUCAUGACUUCCUUUGCCGAUGCAGUUGUCCCUUUCGUAAACGGUCGCUGCCAUUUUUAAGACACUUAGAAAAUUUUUGACCUGUUAUUGAGAGCGUUUCUAUUAAAAAGAAAGAAAAUCGCAACCCAGGGUCGAACCCGGACCUUUCGUAUCCUAAUCUCUCUCCCUUACCACUACAGUACCACAACAACCGCCAAAGGUGCGAAAAAUUCUAGCACAUAAAAUAGCAAACUGUCUUUCUUAACUGUUACAUGAAUAACAGGUGACCCUAGCCCUUUUCGAAACUUAUAACGUAAAUUCAACUUGGACUUCAACGUCGUUCUUUCCAAUUUAUUGUGACUUAAUCCAGGGAUUAUGUUACAUCUAUUAUGACUAACGGCCUGGUUACCAAUGGUGGCUUCGACCGUUCAAAAUGGAAAUGAGCGUUAACGAAAGGGAAAUGGCUUCGGCGAUGCGUUAUCUGCCGUGGUUGUGAAAUGCUCUGCUAGCCGUAAUGGUUUUUUAUUUUAUUUUUUUUUUUUCAGGGUAACAGACACACGAGAAAUUCCCACAGUGGAAACAAGCGACUACAGUGGAAACUGGCAAAGCAAGGCACUAGAGAGGUGAGCUUAAUUUCACAGUGUUAAGUGGAAAGAGUCGAUGACUGCCAACAACUGUUUUUCUGCUGCUCCUGUUUAGGGCUAUUCGGUUAAAGAAACAACGCCUGGAACGUCAGAAAACUGCUACAGAACGAAGACAAGCGCUUGAAAGCAAACAAAAAGAAAAAUGGAAAGUCUCACACCACUCGGAGUGUUCGCAAGGUCAGAGUCAUUCAUUCAUUCAUUAUUCAUUCAUAGUUUAUUUGAUAAAGCAGGUUAAGUUAAAAGGCAGCUAAAGCUGAUAUGGACCUGCUGAUAAACGAUCUAUUGAUGAUAUACGAAUAAAAUAAAAAAAAUAUACAGAAAGUAGGUAUAUAAAAAGAAUAAAUAUACGGUGGUAAGAUAAAAGACUAAAAGUUAUGAACAAUUAAAAUACUGUUUCUUCUUAAUAAAAUUUAUCGAACAAGGGUCUGUUUUUCUUAAGAAGCUUUUUAAAAAUGUUAGACUUGGUGCUCUUUUUAAAUUAUCUGGAAUGGAGUUCCAGAACAAGGCUCCCCGAUAUCUUAAUGACUUCCUGCCCACCCCUAGGUUAAAGCGGGGAACCUCAAACUUAAUGCUGUUGCGUAGAUCAUAAUAGCAAUUGCUACUACUAAAAAGCCUAAUUAUGUUAUCUGGUAGCUCCUAGAGUGACCAACAUCAAUUUUCUCCCAUCAAUUUCCUUAAAUCAUCAAGAGUAAAGGUUAUAAGAAUUGAUGAAGUGAUCACCAAGGUGAACAUUCUUUGAUCUUCUAUCAAAUUCUGUCGGCUAAUUCCUUAAGAAAAUGUGUGGAGAAAAGUCCGGAGAAUUUGUCUGUGGUUAGUGGGACUUGAAAGGUUAAGGCUAUCUCACAAGGUUACUGCCGUUUUAGGUAAAUUCGGUACUUAAGUUAUAAAUAAGCUACUUUAAACAGACACGAAAUGCUCCCGUAAAGGUAUAGACUGCAAAACAGUCGGUUUUUUUCUUAAAAUCAGUAAGGAAAUCGGUAAAGCGUGGCGUAGGAGUCGUACGCGCGCGAAGCGCGCAAGCCUCGUUCCAGACCUUCUGUUUGACAGCUCGCGCGUACUUGAACACGCAAAAAUUCGGACUGUUUUGCAGUCUAGUAAAGGUGUGAAGAAGAUAUCAUGAAGAUAGCACUUACUAUAUAAUAUUUUUUUUUGGUGAAUUACGUACGUAUACGUAUGCGCUGUCAUUAAAACUUGAAAAAACAACAAACAAUAAAAUGAUAACAAAAACAACACAAACAAAAAAAAAACUGUCCUAGUUUUUACAAGUUUCAUUUCAAGUCCAUCCCAGCCAUCUGUCAUAGCAGACAACAGGAAACAGUUUCAAAGCCUUGAUAUAGACUUAAAUAACUCAGCUGUUGUCAUUAUUUUUUGAACGAGUUCUAAUGCUCGAAGACACGUUUUAGUAAAUAUAGUAAAUAAUGCAAUAUUGAAUAACAGCCUUGACGCACUAAAGAUAUAAUUGUCGGGCUAGGGGUGUGAUGAAGACAGUACAUGAACGCGCGAAAGUAAGAUCCGGCUUUUAACUCCGACUCGACAACAUGCUUGGUAGUCUGAAAUUUCAGCCAUCUCCACCCACUAAUCCGUGGGGGGCGCAGGGGCGAGAGGUGGCUUAGGGGGGUGGAGACGGUUGACAUUUUAGUCGACCUGCUCGGAGGAGGGCCGAGAUUAAGAUGCAGUUAUAUGCGCUGAACAUCUUAGUUUACUCUUGAUGUUCAUUUUCUGAGUUGUUUUCAACCAAAAGUAAACAAAUCUCCCACGUCUUUCUUUCCAGACACGUUAUCUAAACCUGACAGCGUGAUCGAAUUCAUCACACCACCCCCUGCUGCCACAACACGCACUGCCUCACCCCUCCCCCAGCGGGAUCAGCCUCAAACGCGACUUAUAAAAGAACAAGAGUUGACAAACGAACAGCCUUAUCGUCUCAGACUGAACCCUCCAUCAGGUGGCCUGGGGAUGACUCCACUUGCUCGAAAUAUUAAAACGUUAAAAUCAGGUGAACAUCACGUGUCUGAUAUUGCUAAUGUCUUGCCCAAGCCUCCUCCGUCAGCCUCGAUCCCGAGCAAAUGCAGGUAUGUGUUUCCCAACCUCGUGUUCAGGGCUUGA